UAGCUUCUUUUAAUCGAGUACAUGCUCCAAAAAUUCAAUAAGAACGUUGGAAAGUGAAAUUAAGAAAUCAAAAAGUACACUUUACCCCCCUCCCCACCUCAAGUCUCAUAAAUUAGACCGUUGGAGAACUCUUUUUAAAACAAAGAGCACCCAUCACCACCAUUAACGACAAAUCACAUUCUCAACUUCCGAUCAACGAUGGCCGGAGAAAAACCCUCAGCCACCACCUCCGAUCACCUUUUCUCCAUUCUCGAUCCUAAAUCUCUCAUCCUUUCACAAUUCAGAGACACCAAAAACCCUAAUUUCUUACAUCUCACUACCGACAAUUUCAUCAUGGAGAGAGGACCCAGAUACAAAGCUUACGCCGAUCUCCGAGAAUCAAAAAUCCGGUUGAAAUCCAUGGCUAGCUCACCUCAACGACCACCUAAAGAUCAUCGUUCUGGUAAUAUCUCCACCACACCGGAAAGUCAACUGAAAGCUCCGGCAAAGCGGCGGAAAGGGUCGUCUAUUUUGACACAAUCUGUUCCGGACUUUUCGUCUGCAUUGAGGAAAGAGAACAGGAAGCCGGCACUUCCACCGGUGGCAGAGAAAUCUGCAACACCACCGGCUAAGAGUUCUUCGAGGUUAUAUGAGAUUAAUGCGAAGUUGAUAGGGAGUAAGUCGUCUGUUUCCGGCGAGAAGAGCGGCCGUGGGAUGUUGACGGCGAGAAAAAGCUACGCAAACAUGGAUGAAUUGAAGAAAUUUUCCUUGGCAGCUGCAAACGCCAUUAAUGGCGAAAACAAGGGCGGGAGGAUCACCGGAAACAGGGGCGGAGGAAGGACUACUGUGCUGGGAAGUAGACAGUUUAAUUGAAUUCUACUUUACUAAUAUUCAAUAUUUUUUAUUUUUUCGAUUUAUUUUUACAUUUAAAUGAGGUUUUGAUUUUAAAAAUCUUCUAUUAUUCUUGUUAUUUCUUUCUUCAUAUUUUGGUUGGAUUUGUACAAAGUUUUUGAGUGGGCUUUCGUAUGUAAUAUUCGUGUAAAUCCUUGGUAUAUUGAUUUGCUUUGGAAAUUAAGUAAUGAGAUUUGAUUUGAUAUUA